AAGGCUGGUGGCUGCAUUUAAAUUUUUUUUGCAAUAAAUAUAUGCAGUUGUUGUUCGUUCGACCGUUUAGAACGAUUGUUGACUCCAGAAAAGAACAAGCCACGUUAAAAGAGAUAAAAAUAGUGUUAGCGUUUGACGCGGGGCGUAGUUGCGUGAUGAUAUAAGAGGGGAGACGCUGCACCUCGGAGGCUCCGGCUGUGGGAAGGCUUGAGGAGAGGCAGGCAACUACACCUAUCAAGAUGAUGACUGACAUGCUUGAUAACCACCGAGAGAGCUGGGACUCUCUAGUCUGUGCGGUGGACAAGUAUCGCAAGCAAACGGGCAACGAUGUUGUCCUCCUGACUGCUUACCGGCCCAAGCUGCAGUCGAACCUCGCCUAUGCGGUUCAUGGGACAGGGACCCUCUCAGAUGCCACCAAGCACUACCUGGAUGACAUUGCCGUUUUCCACAAGACCUCCACGUACACCAGCUGUGCCAUCCCAGAGCGUGACGGUGGGAAAGCUGCAAAGGAGGAUGCAAGCAAUGCUGAGGACUCUUUCUCCAAGAGCUACCCAUCCAUUUAUGGCAAGGGAGGCUUUUCAACUGACACUCUGAGCCCAAUGGAACUGAGACCUGCGACAGAUUGUGAGCCUGGAGUGGCAGAGACCGAUGAGAGAACAGCUUCUGAAAGUGAGAGAGAAGUGGACAGGUGUAACUUAAAUGACUCUUCAGCUAUCUUCACAAUGGACGAAGAAUCGACCAGUCAGGACUGUGAACCCUUCUUUGAAUCUGAUUUGGAUGGUGAGAGCACAGAUGAUGGCAGUUUGAGUGAAGAACUUCCUGCCCGUCCACAAACGCAUUCUCAAACAAAGUGUCAUCAGUAUGCCAAGUCCUUGCCUGUGUCGGUCCCCAUCUGGGGAUUCAAGGAUCUGAAACCAAAGAAGCUUCCUGAUGGGGACAAUGAUGAACGGUUGCCUUCACCAGACUUGGACAAGAUCGCUGCCAGCAUGAAAGCCUUGGCUAUGAGUGUGACAGAUGGCACUGAGAUGUUUGGCGACCUGCCAAGGCCCCGACUCAACACCGGCGACUUUCAGAAGCCUUAUCGGAAGUAUUAAAAGCACUUUUCAGUCCCUGUCCCCCUACCUACCCACCCUGUCUGCCCCACUACCCCAAAAUCCCAAAAUACCCCUUCCUCCCUUGCCUCUAUCACCCAACACUACAGAGAUGCUUCUCACAAGGGAAGAGCUUAUUGCCCAGAAACUCUUGGCAAUCCAGGCACUACAUGUAGCAUUUAAGGUUGUGUAUGACAAAAGACUGGGUCAUGAGUUGAUUCCGUAACUUUUCGCGCUGAAGGAAAAGUAUAAACUUUAUAGUAUAUUUUUCUGGUUAAAGCAUUGUGUGAAGCAGAGUGCUAGAAUCUGCCUUUUGAUGUCCUAACUUGUCCUUGUAUGUCUUUUCGCCUUUUCAAUAUGCACUCAUUGUUUUUAAACAGCCUGACUGGGUCUCCUCACUGUAUGUGAGCAAGAAUCUGACAGCUGGGGAGGUUGGAGCUCCAACUUAAGGGAAUUUAUUUUAGAUCUUGGUCUUUCAUCUUUUGAGGCCAGAAUUUUAACCUUUGUCCAUUACCAUGCUGAAGGGAGGGGUGAAAUCUACUUGGAAUAUCAAGCACCCAUCAUAAAAACCCUCCUCCCCCUGUCAUUUGCCCCUCCAUGCUAUACUGACAAAUGUGUAGCCAGCAAUUUGAGUUGGUUCAGGUAGGAACAGGGUCCUUCAGACUGACUUUUUAUUCAUGCAUGCCACUUUCACUGCCAACUGAGAGUAAAACCCACUCUGUUUCAAAGUGUUGAAACCACAUUUUAAGGAUCUGGUCAUUUCCAGAAGAAAUUACUAAAUUUGGAACCUUAUCUAAUUGAUUCUUUUAAGUUUGGUCUUUUAAACAGCAUGUUCCCCAAGAGCUCUUAAAACCCAAGCAACUUCUGCAAUGACUUUUAUUUUGCUAUGACAGUGAGGCAGACCUGUUUGCUGCUUAAUCUGGGGUAAAUAAACAUGUUCCUUGUGUCCAGGUUUCUGAAUGUACUUUCCAUUAUAUCUCUUGUUUCUUGCUUCUUUAUCUGGAAUCUGUCAAUGGUACCUACUUCAGUUGAAGAACUGCAGUUGUUAAGUGGGGACAUCCACUGGCCUUGUUCUCCCAUGUACCUUGGAGGCUGUCAUGUUGAUUCUGUGCCACAUUGUGGUGAAUACAUAUGGUUAUCCAUCUCCUCCGGAGCCAUGGCUCACAGAGGUGUCUUGGGUAAUGUGGGACACUUCUUCAUUCUGCCCAGGCGUCUGCAGUAUAGUCCCAUGAACCCAAAAGUGGUUUCAAUCGUUGGGAUUAUACACUUGGAAUUGAGGAGCCUACAGCAUUAGAUGUGUGUUGCACAUUCUUAGCCUGAGUUAAAUAGGAUAUUUUAUGGCCUUUAACCAUUGACUUUAUUUUGUAUGGUGAUGCUUGCACCUCAGAUGCUUGCACAAUGGUACUUGUCAGAAAACUAGCUUGCUUGUCAAUGCCAACAGAGUAUGGCUGGGAAUUGUUAAUCUCCGCAUGAGGGGCUUGUUCCAGCUUGCUUAAGAUGCUCUCAUUGCACAAGUUGCCAUAGGAACUGAAUGCUGUCCGUUCAUGUUUUAAAACCCCCUUGCCGCCUCUCACAUAACCCCAGAUGCCUCCAGCAAUCAUUGCAGCCUAGGCUUUGUUUUUUUUAAAAUAAAUUUGCUGGUUCUAGACGAAAUGUUUUGCAAUGCAAAUUUCUGAAUUGAUUUCCCUUUCUGUUUGCUGAGUUUGGCUGACCCCACACAGUGUGCUGUAGCCACCUGUCUAUAAAUCUAAAUGGUUUGUUUGAUGCCUUUAGUGGUUUAGAAGCUGCUGUGUGGGUUUUUCCCUUUUGCUUGGUUCAUUUAAGACUUGCUGCAAUGCUUCUUUGUGCUGGCUCACAUCAGUGAAACUUGCAAAAGAUUGACUUGGCUUCACACCUCCUUCCCCCCCCCCCCCCCCCACCCAAAGCCUGUCACUACCUCUGUCUUUUACAAAACCUGCCUUGUUUUCAUUUAGUUGGUUUCUAGACUGAGAGGCUAGAAAUGCCUUGGCUGCCAGAUUGAAGCAUUUGGUGAUGGAAGAAUAGCAAAUCUGAUUCCCUCUUGUUAAAUAGUUGUAACAGAAUGCAUUGGGCAUUGUCAAUGUCUCCAACACUUCCCACUGAUGGAGGUGUAUGCUUUGUCCUCUUUAUAUGGUUUGCAACUAAAGAAUGAAGAAGCACCAACAAAUUUCUCUCUAAAAGGUCAGUGUUUUACAGUCCCAGCCAGUCAGUGAGACUCUUCUUGCUCUUUUAUUUAAUCAAUGGAUCCAACAAUCUUCAUCUCCCUGACCAUCUGAUCGACAUUUUCCAUAGACUGGCCAGCCAGAGUGAUGUGCACAAUGAUUUCUGAAUUUGAAUGGAGUUCUUGUCGCACAUGAAUACACUAUUCAUUUGUCUGGCAAUGACUUUCUAUGGCUGUCCCUGAAUUUCAGUUUGGGUCCCAGCUCCCACAUUGAGAGGGCAUCCACAAACUCAAUUCCAGUAAUUUUUGUUUAGCUGUAUCCAUUCACCCCUUGCUGCUUUCUCUACUCUCUCUACAGCCUCUUGCCUGGGUGAUGGGCAGCAGGGGUGGGGGGGGGUGGGGUUGGGCGGGGGGAGGUGAGGAGUUGUCAUGGAUGUGGCAAGUGUGACACUGUUAUGAUUUUCCUUGCAGUUCAUGUCCAGGAUAUUUGUGCCUCGGUGGUCAAUGUUUUAAUCCUCAAAUGGAAGUGUUUAAACUGUGACUGAUGGAUCUCUGCCAUGCCUUAGGGGCCCUGAUUGGGAAGAGUGUUUCUGAAAGACUUUGCCCCCUUCCACAAACAUUGCCAUCCCAUACUGGGGCAGAGAUGGGAAAGAGAUUGUUGGCCUGAUUCAGUUGGUACACCGUAAUACUACCCAACUUGCUGUCACCCAGACACAUUCCAGUGAUGUCACUAAGUGAUGCCUUGGUACUGUUGAUUGGGCUGGGGUAAACACUGCAUUGAUUGGUCCAUGUGACACUUGGCAGUCAUGCAACUUGAACCUAGCUUUACAAUUGAAGUCUGGCUUCUUGCAAAAGUUGAUGCAAGAUUAUAUUGCACAAGACCUAUCUCGCUCUCACUGGCAUUUUUGCCUGUGGUAGCCUUCCAAUACACUCUGUGGCUGGAGUCUAUCCAUGAUUCCUGUCACAUCAACCCAUGCCUGUGGUUGGCUCCACCCAGCUGUGGAAUGGGAUAGGGGCAAGUUGUGGAAUUUGUUAAGGUGGGAACUGUUUAAGUGAAGUAGGGUCUGUAUGGUGGCUUGUGCGGAAGGGAAGGGAACCAGUGUGGGACUGGAACAGGUGGACUUGCUCCACGGUUGAUGUGACUGCUUUGAAACCCAGUUUCUGUUUAAAGGCUGCGUAAAAUACUCUGGCAAAAUUCUGUUUUGGGCAAAUUUUUAUUUAAUGUUUUAAAAGAAAAAAAAUGCCUGAAUGCUGAUUUUUUUUAAUUGACUGUAAUUUUAAGCACCUGGAAGGAGAAACCCUUUCCCACUCCAUAUUUUCUCUUUUUUUUGCAUGAGGUGGGGAAAGAUUUGGGCAGACAUCUGAAGACACCAUCUUGUGUAAGGAGCUCACUGUGCGCAAUCCAUGCUUGCUGAUUCGAAUAGCAAUGUACUUAAAAACAUAGGGCUCCAGUGUUCAAAACCCCAUCAAAAUCAAAUUUAACAAUUCUCUCUCUUAUUUGCCCCCCUUCUUAUUUCUGCAGUGCUAACUCCAGCUGACCAGUCUACCAUUUGAGAGCAGUAGUGAAGAAAUCCUCUCACCUUGCCCUCGUAGAGGUGGGUGGGCAGAAAAUAAGUUGUAAAAGUGCAGAAUGUAUUACUUCUAUUCUAUGCCCCCCCCUCCCAAAAACCAAAUGGAGCUGUGGGUUAUCUUGGGUCUAGAGUUAAGGCAGUGAUUAACAAGGUUCUCUUAAGAGAAUCCAGCCUCCUCUGCCAAUUACUAGCCCUAGUAACUGGCAAAGAAGACUGGGUUCUCUUAAAGUACUUCAGCUUUGUCCUUAAACCCUGGUCAACACCUGAUUAUUAGCAAGUUUCAUACUGGCUGGGCUUAUUGACCAGUCUCUCAUCUCUUACUGUAUUUGAAUAUUUCUUUGGUAUUUUCAGCUGACCAAUCACCUUUUUUGCUUCAAAUUUCUGUUGUGUUUUUAAAGAAAUUGGUGUAAGCAAGGAUGGUAUUCAAUUCUUUAUUCAACUGCCUCCACUGAGUCAUUUUGAAGGACUUCUGUUUAGUAAUACGAUACUAAACCCUAUUUGGGAUUGCUACUAUUUCCAAAGCUUGCUUGAUGUUGAUUGGGCUCUUUUUUUUGUGGACAUGCUGUCCCUAUCUCUAUAGCUGGAGUGCUGUUCAGAAGGACUUCCCCUUUUAAAAAGGAAAACUGGACAUUAAACCAACUUGAGACUGAACGAUGCUGCAGUUUCCGCUGCUGAGCGAGAGUGCUGCCAUGCGGUACAUUCACAGUAGAACUCUGCAUCUUCAGAGGUCUCCAAGUAAACUUGUUGCUUUUGGAGAUGUUUAAUUAACUAACUAGACAAUUGCUGCUGGAAAUGUGAACAGAAGAUGGUGAGAAACUGACAAAAGAAUAUGGCUAAUUUUUUUAAAAAGAAUAAAGUCAAGUGAUUAUUACA